UUUUUCCGGUUGGACUCUGGAGACGUGGCUCUGUUUCUUCAAUAUUACGAGUCAAGCUACAUGCCACCGUUUGAACAGAACACAAGUCCCCAUUCAGAAUUUUUUUUGUUGUUGAAACAGCAGACAGUGUCCGUUACUGAGUCCACGGACAGAUCGUCUCGUGAAAAGGAAUAGAAAUGGUGCUCUUGGCAGCAGCGGUGUGCACUAAGGCAGGCAAAGCUCUAGUGUCACGACAGUUCAUAGAGAUGACGCGAACCCGCGUUGAGGGCCUGCUGGCUGCUUUUCCCAAACUGAUGAGCACAGGGAAAGAACACACUUUUGUGGAAACAGACAGUGUACGCUAUGUCUACCAGCCCCUGGAAAAACUCUAUAUGGUUCUCAUCACUACAAAAAACAGCAACAUUCUGGAAGACUUGGAGACAUUACGGCUUUUCUCCCGAGUGAUCCCUGAGUAUUGCCGCGUGUUGGAGGAAGGGGAGAUCUCAGAGCACUGUUUUGAUCUCAUAUUUGCAUUUGAUGAGAUCGUAGCACUGGGAUAUAGGGAGAAUGUUAACCUGGCACAGAUUCGCACUUUUACUGAGAUGGACUCUCAUGAAGAGAAAGUCUUCAGGGCAGUCAGAGAGACCCAAGAAAGAGAGGCAAAUGCUGAAAUGAAACGGAAGGCCAAAGAGUUGCAGCGAGCAAGACAAGAUGCUGAACGUUCAGGAAAGAAAGCACCAGGCUUUGGAGGUUUUGGAAACUCAGGAAUGAGCAGUGUCACAUCUACUUCCUUCAUCACAGAUACAAUUGAACAAGAGAAGCCUAAAAUGGUGCCUGCUCCAGUCAGGGCCAGUGGUCCAAGUAAAGCACUUAAGCUGGGUGUUAAAGGAAAAGAGGUGGAUAACUUUGUGGACAAACUGAAGUCUGAGGGAGAACACAUUGUCACAUCCAGUGUAGGAAGGAAAGCAGCAGAGGCAUCUAAAGUCCUUCAGCCUCCAGUGAAUAUGGAGAGUGUACAUCUGAGGGUGGAGGAGAAGAUCUCUCUUACCUGUGGUCGGGAUGGUGGGCUGCAGAACAUUGAGGUUCUGGGUAUGAUCACUCUGACGGUUACAGAUGAAAAAUGUGGCCGCAUUUUCAUACUCAUCAACAACAAUGACAAGAAAGAAGCCCAAUUACAGACUCACCCUCAUGUCGAUAAGAAGCUGUUCACCACAGAGUCACUGAUCGGUCUGAAAAAUCAGGAGAAGUUCUUCCCACUCAACACUGAUCUGGGAGUUCUCAAGUGGAGAUUGCAGAGCACAGACGAGUCCCUUAUUCCUUUAACCAUUAACUGCUGGCCAUCAGAAAGUGGAAGUGGCUGUGAUGUCAAUAUUGAGUAUGAGCUUCAGGAUGAGGCACUUGAGCUCAAUGAUGUUGUCAUUACUAUUCCUGUGCCGUCAGGUGUAGGUGCUCCUGUGAUUGGUGAUCUGGAUGGGCAGUAUAACCAUGAUAGCAGGAAAAACAUCCUUGAAUGGUCGCUGCCUGUUAUUGAUGUGAAGAACAGGAGUGGCAGUCUGGAAUUCAGUAUAGCUGGCAAACCCAAUGAUUUCUUCCCAAUCAAUGUUUCUUUUGUCUCCAAACGCAACUUUUGUGACAUUCGGGUAGGACAGGUGACACAUGUAGAAGGAGGCAGUCCAGUCAAAUUCUCCACUGAGACUUCAUUUGUUGUGGACAAGUAUGAGAUCCUGUAAAUGUUUCCAGGAGGAAGACCUGCCAGCAAGUUUAAUGGUUCAAAGACUGUGCUGUACAUUUAACAGAACUUUCAAAAACAUCUAAAGUAGGCUGCUGUAUUUCUGUUUGUCUGGAAAAGGAAAAUAGUCUGCCUUUAUUUAUACUGGGCUCUCAGCUGCCAGUACAGACACAAGAGAGUGAAGUACAGCCCUGCAAUUGAAGACAUCAAGGGAAGAUCAGUAUCCAGCAUACAGCAGACGUAUAAUAAGAUCGAACCAAUAAGAACCCUCAUAACCCUUGAAAAAAAAAUAAAAGCAUUAGAUGAUUGCACACUUUGCUGCAUGGAUAAACCUUUUUAUUUGUGACCUAAUAGAGAUUUGCACACACCUAAGGAUCAAAAAGAAAAUGCUGGUUCUUCAUGGAAACUUAAACAGACCUAACAUUGUAGUACCAAAUGAAUGUGUGUGUCUUUGAUGAUUAAAUCAGUUGUGCCCGUGCAAUGAUCUUGUGCUGUACUACCUAAAAACUGAUACUGCAUUACAUAUGCAGUCCAAAUUCAGAUACCGAAAUUUCCAUUAAUAAGUGCUCUGCUCUUCAGCUUUUAUUUCAUCUUAAGUAUCAAUGUCAUCUUUGAGCACAGACCUCCGCAACAGCUUUUUGCCUUUUAGUAUUUUUUCCCCUUUGUUUUCUCUUCAGUUAUCUUUAUGUAAUCAUUUGUUUGAAGAUAUAUAAAUGGAUAAUUUUUCAGUUUUGUAUGUAAUGUUACAAAUAUGUUUAAACAUUUCAUUGCAAUCUGUUCCUUUCCUCACAUGCCUUGUUUGGAUAUAAUGGAUAUGAUAUUCUCUCUGGCUUUCAGGAUGUUGUUAAGAACUGAUUUAUUUUUUUGUAUUUCCAUAAAGUAAAAUACAUUUAUCAAUGUCAACGCACACUAAAAGAUUAUUAUAUUAAUAAAGAUGGAAUGCCAAGGUGAGGUUUACAACAUUCCAUUCUGCUGUAAGAUACUUAUAAAUACAAUACACUUUUAAUCAAAUAAAUAAUAGA